AAAGCGUGGAAAGACUCAACAAUCGGCCGGUAAGGUUAUGGCGUCUGUAUUUUGGGAUUCGCAUGGUAUAAUUUUCAUCGACUACCUUGAAAAGGGAAAAUCAUCAACAGUGACUAUUAUAUAGCGUUAUUAGAGCGUUUGAAGGACGAAAUUUAAAAAACAAACGGCCUCAUUUGAAGAAGAAAAAAGUUUUGUUUCAUCGAGACAAGUCGAUGAAAACCAUGCUGAAAUUGAACGAAUUGGGCUUCGAAUUGCUCCCUCAUCCACCGUAUUCUCCAGAUUUGGCCCCCAGUGACUUUUUCCUGUUCUCAGACCUCAAGAGAAUGCUCGCUGGUAAAAAAUUUAGAAGCAAUGAAGAGGUAAUCGCUGAAACUGAGGCCUAUUUUGAGGCAAAGGACAAAUCGUACUACAAAAAUGGUAUCGAAAAGUUGGAAGAUCGCUAUAAUCGCUGUAUCGCAAUUAUGUUGAAUAAUAAAAACGAAUUUUGGCAAAAAAAAUGUGUGUUUCUAUUAAACGAUACGAACUUUUCAGCCGAACUGUUAUAAAUAUGAGUACACAUGAAACCAAAUCUACGGAUUUCACCUCAGGGAAAAGUGGCAUCACUGCCUCCGGCCUUGGUUCAAAAAUCUGUUUUCACAGUGAUUGCAUCAACGUUGCCAGGUAUACCGAUUUCUCGGUAUUUAUACAGAUAUUUGACCUCUACACCGCAACACAGAUAUGUACUCCCAAAUUACCGAUAAUUCCCGGAUCGUACAGAUAAAUACCGAUUUUCGGUUUUAGCGUGAAUAGACAUGCGACAAGGUUGCUGUGGGACCUUGUUUUUUUUGUUCGCCGAAAUGAGCUUUGGUGACAUUUUCCUGGUACUUAUGUAACGGAAUUCUGAUACCGAUAUGGAACAGAUAGAAUUUUGCGCCAAAUACAGAUUUUUGUAUCUAACCUGGAUCGGAAGUCUGGUUUCAAGGACAUUUUUUUUCUCACGCCUGCCCCCUACGUCCUAGGUUCAUUAGCAUCAGCCUCAGUGACUGAUAAAAAUCAUGUUAAACCACACAUCGCUUCAAACUCGGUAAACCACAUACGCGCGCAUAUUGCGCUUAUCACGACAAGUACCGCAAACCGCCAGAAUUUAAAACCCCUUCCUCUGUAUAAACCAGCGUAAAACCACGUUGUUUGGUUCGUUCGAGUUUACUCUCUCUAUCUCUCACACACACGCACACACUCUCACCAUCUCUAAAGCGAUUGUGAGAUUCGGACCCAAAAGCUUCUCACUCGACAUGUCAAACAGGCAGGCAGGCAGGCAGGUUGGCAUCAAAUUCAUUGGCGCAUAUACGCCGGGGCUCAUCGGGGCACAGGCCGCAGUUUUCGGUCCGUUCGUCGGUGCCAUGACGUGAGUUUCUUGGCGGUCGUCAAUUCACUUUCAGCUCAUUCCCGCAGGUUCGGUCCUGCUCGCGUUCGCUCUCUCACUCUCUUUCUCGAUUGUGUGUGCAUCGCAUUUUGCGGGUUUGCUCUCACGCUCCGGACGCGGACUCAUCGGGUGGACCUGCCAUGCCAGUCAAGCUAGCUAGCUAGCUAGCCAGCCAGCUAACCAACCAAUCAACCAGCCAGCCAACGUGAAAUGCAUUUUCAUCAGCCUUUUCGGUCCCCGUAGCAGCGACUCAGUCCGUGUCAGCAGCAGGUCGAGUCAAGACGCAUUUGAGUGAGGAGUGCCAAUCCGCGCGCGCAUAUUCAUUCAAUUUUACUGUUCGGAGAAGGUCCUUGAUUCGCGCACGUCUCAGCGGUGGUCGGUCGAUUGGUCGGUCGUUCGGUAUCAGUUGUACCCAGUCUGGUGUGGGUUCUUGUUUUUUUUUGUUUGUUGGACGUGUGAGGCUAUCCCACGGGGCCUACGUGAUUAACGGCGGCAGUGUGUGAGUUGGUGUAGAAGUGGAAGGCAGCGGCACCAGCAGCAGAGCAGUAGUUACUAACGCGGCGGCAACGGCAGCGGCUACAAAAUACCUCUCGGUUUGGACUGCCCGAGAAGAAAGAAUAUCAUCAACUUUGUGUGCCAUACGGUUCAGUGUGUCAGUGCGGUCGUCGGUGCACGACAAAGAUUAGGAAGACCGAGCGCGUUGCGUGGACUCGAACUAGAAUUGUGUCACCGAAAAUUCCUUGGAGUGAGAUAGUCGGUUGCUCUAAUCAAGGCGUAAUUCGAUUCUGCUAGUAGUAGUAGUAUUAGAAGUGGUUGAGGAACUAGAGUGAAAAGCAACAAAAAAAUAAACGCACAACAUGGGAAAGAUGUCCGGAAGUCAUUGUUUGGUGAUGGGCUGUCGCAACCGACAGCUGCUAAACCAAACCAACACUAGAUCGUACUUUCGGUUUCCCCGUGAUCCAGAGAUGUGCAAACAGUGGGUCGAGUUCUGCAAUCGUCCCGAGCUGUGGAAGAAAUACGACGAGAAUGGCCCCGAGUACCUGUACAAGAGUUCUCGAAUCUGCUCCGACCACUUUCAGCCGAACGACUUCAACAAUCCAAAUCUUUUCAGUCAAGGGUUGAAAAAAGGUUCGGUGCCAACCCUCUACCCAGCCAGUAAAGAACCAAAGAAUCGCUACAGUAUUGGCGGCGGAAUAGGUGGCCUUAGUGGUCUCGGAGCUGUUAGUGGUGGUGGUGGAAGCGGCAAUAAUUCGCCUCCCAACAGCAUCGACAGCGAGUCACUCAUCACGCCAAUGUUAGCGAAGCGACCGCUGUCGUCGCAGCCUUCAACGCAGCCGCAGCAGCAGCAGCCAGUUGCCAAGCAGCGAAGAUCACUUCCUCCCGCCCUCAGUGCCAGUGCCACUACGAACAACAGUCAUGCCACCGUGAGUGGCGCACUAGCCGGUCUGAUUCAACGCCAGCAGCUGAAAGAGCAGCAACGGAAAGCGUUCGCAGCAGCCCUACAGCUCCAACAUCGGCAGCAGGUACCGAAUCCCCAACAAACACGAUCACUGCUGGCCUCGCUGAAGCAAAAGCCAAACUCCAACAACAAUAACAACAACCACAUCAAUAGCAACAACAAUAAUAAUAACAACAACAACAACAACAACAACAGUACCAAGUUGGCAGCUGCUGCAGCACAGGAAAAGCUCGAAGAUGAACGGGGGUACGGCAUCAACUAUGUGGACAUGGACGGAGGAGAUUCCACCGAGUACGAUUCGGGCUUCCAGAAUGCCGUGGAAAAGGAACUGGCGGCCUACAAACAGCUGCAGCAGAUGAAGGCAGUGAAAGCAGCGGCCGCCGUCAUUCCGGCAUCGCUCAAGUCCGAGUUGACCGUAACGCCGGCCGUUAGUCACCUGAACACCAACAGCAGCGCCAUCAACAACGGCACCAGCAGCAGUCACAACAACUCCAACAACACACUGAAUGGUUCCAUGAACUACAAGGAAAAGUACGAGCAAACCCUGAAGGAACUGUUUGCCUGUCGCAAGAUUGUCAAGAACCAGAACAAUGCCAUCAAGCAGCUUCAGGGUGAGAUCGACUUCCUCAAUCAACUGUUGAAGGAGAAAUGAUGCUCUUCGGUCACGGCUGGCAGGGCCAGCAGCAAUAACGGUGGUCGGGUGCCAAUGGUUUUCUAGAUUCUAUCGUGAAGGAGUGCAGGAACCUUAGCUGAAAAUAAGUUUCAAACUGUAUUAUAGUGUGUUUAGUUGGUGUAAACAAUCUGACCAUAAUCUUAGAAAUUGGUUCAGUGCGCAGAUUGAUAUUUUACUAUCUGUCCUUUUUUUUCUAUCGUGCCAGUAAACAAAGUUUUAUUGUAAUAGGAUUGAACUUCUUUGCUGUACGACACGCUAGAAGAUUCACUAGAUGUAGUUACCAUUUUAGUACUUUGUAGUGUUCAAAUUUUUGAUUCAGGUGAAUUUAUUUACGGUUGAACUAGCAUCGGUGCCAACAGUCAAUAUUCGUUCACGAAAAGCUUGCAAAAAACAUUCCAACAGUGAACAAACUGUCAGGCACUUGUCAUCUCCCGGCGCAUAUUUAUAAUAGAUUCUUUUAGAUUAGCAUGAUUGAUCUUGUUUUUAACUUGUAUUCUAUGGAUCCAAUAAACCGCCUGCUGGAACAAACAUGAAACCCCAUCGCCCCGUAAAUUAGCACACGUCGAAAGGUCCAGUCAGUUCGAAUCAUUAUGAUAUACAUACAAUUAAAACCCCUUAAAAAACAAAAUUCAAAUAACUUUGAGAUCAGUUAUACGAGAACACAAAACAGGACAAGAAAUACGCCUUCAAAAGUACAGUUAGUGUAACCUAGAAAACAUUUAUACGAAAAGCAACAAUUAUUAAAACGCUACAAAGGGUUUCGAAUCGACAAAACAUUUGAUAAGAUCUAGUUGAUAAACAUGUACAUGUUAAUGUUAAAUAUAUAGAUUUAGAUUUAACCUCGUUUCGAUAGUCACACAAAACAAAACAAAACAAACAAAAUAGUAUGCAACUAGUUACGAUUGAUACACGUAAAUCUUAACAUGUUUGUUUUUUUUAUCUGUAAUAGAGAAAAAAGAUGUAAACCAAAACAAAUGCCAGCAUUAUUUAAGAUUGAUUGACUAAGCCGAGAAGAGUGUGGGAUUGGAGUUGAAUAUAAGUAGUCGUUUAGAGUGGAAACAAAGUGGAACAAAACCAAAUAAAAUGAUUUGACGAAAAUUCAA